AAAGAAUUUUUUUUGAGCAUGGCCAUGGGGGAGUUAUUGAUGCGAUUGAUACUUAUCAGUAGCGCAAUCAUUAGCUAUUUAGCUGAGCAGUGAGUACUGUGCACUACUUUUGUCCAGAUAUGAGCUACGACACCGCCAAAGAGGUAAAUUAAAGCUUCUUGUACGCCACAUAAAAAUCCAUCCGAUUAUCCCUUCCGUAGGGUAAAAUAAUCUUACUUGUAUACUAUCGCAAAAUUCUGCAAGCUGCAUUUGAUUUGACAUGAUCCGAUAAAAUUGAAACCAUACGGAGGGCUAAAAUUGAAGAUGCGGAGCAUGGCGAGUUCAGUCUCAUCCAAAGGCAUUGCUGCCAUUGUUGGUGUGGGCCCCAAACUCGGCCGUUCAAUCGCCCGCAAGUUCGCCCACGAAGGCUACACCGUUGCUAUCCUUGCCCGUGACUUAGGUAGAUUAUCAAAAUUUGCUGAUGAGAUAGCUAGAGAAGAGAAAGCGCAGGUGUUUGCAAUCCGUAUCGAUUGUUCAGAUUCGCGAAGCAUAAGAGAGGCAUUCGAGGGAGUUCUAUCACUUGGCUUUGUGGAAGUGUUGGUUUACAAUGCACACCAACCAACAUUUUGGCACCCAACAGACUUCACUGACAUUAAAAUUGAACACUUUGAGAAAUCUCUCGCUGUCUCCUCCGUCGGCGCCUUUCACUGCGCUCAACAGGUACUUCUAGGUAUGGUGGAAAGAGGAAGAGGGACAAUUCUUUUCACCGGUUGUUCAGCUUCUCUUAGUGGCUGUGGAAAGUUUGCAAUGAGAGGGCUAUCCCAAUGUCUGGCAAAGGAGUUUCAACCUCUUGGAGUACACGUGGCGCAUGUCAUCAUCCACGGCAUCGUCGGUGCACCCGCCCGGGGGGCAAUAGGGUCAAGUUCACAACAGAGGUUGUUGGUUGGGGAACCAGAGCAGCAACAAACCGGCGUAUGGGCCGGAGAGGAAUUAAUGGACCCAGAUGGGGUGGCUCAGACCUACUGGCAUUUGCAUAUCCAAGAUCGAUCUGCUUGGACCCAAGAGAUUGAUCUUCACCCCUCCACCCAAAGAUACAUCUAAGGUCAAAUCAUAAACUUUUAUAUAUUCCUUAUUAAUUUUACAGGUGUGAAAUUAUAUUAUUCUAUAUUUUACUAGCUUUUAUUAUCUACAAAAGGGCAUGAUAUGUGUUUUAUAGACAUUUUUUUAUUAUUAUUAGAGUGUGAAUGAUUUAGUUAAUUUGGUUUGGAUGUGUAAUAACAAUAGUUAUUGGAUUUUACUUUUAAACAUUGAUAACUCUUUUUUUUUUUUGUUAUUAGUGUAAUUUUUGCAUAUAUAUUUUCGAACAGCUAGUUCGGUUUGUUAAA